UUGGCGCGGGGAGCGCGCGGCGCUGCCGGGGCCGCUCCGCUCCGACCGCACCGAGCCGAGCCGAGCCGAGCCGAGCGGAGCCGAGCCGAGCCGAGCCGUGCCGUGCCGUGCCGUGCCGCUCCCGCCAUGAUCGCAUCGCACCUCCUCGCUUACUUCUUCACCGAGCUCAGCCAUGACCAGGCGCAGAAGGUGGACAAGUACCUGUACCACAUGCGGCUCUCCGACGAGACCCUGCUGGAGGUGUCCCAGCGCUUUGAGAAGGAGAUGGAGAAGGGGCUGGGGGCAGACACCAACCCCACCGCCUCCGUGAAGAUGCUGCCCACCUUCGUCAGGUCCACCCCGGACGGCACAGAGGACGGGGAUUUCCUGGCCCUGGACCUGGGUGGCACCAACUUCCGAGUGCUGCGGGUGAAGGUGUCGGACAACGGGCUGCGCAAGGUGGAGAUGGAGAACCAGAUCUACGCCAUCCCUGAGGAGCUGAUGAGGGGCAGCGGGGUGCAGCUUUUCGACCACAUUGCCGAGUGUUUGGCCAACUUCCUGGACAAGCUGCAAAUCAAAGACAAGAAGCUCCCCCUUGGCUUCACCUUCUCCUUCCCGUGCCACCAGACCAAGCUGGAUGAGAGCAUCCUCGUGACGUGGACGAAGGGGUUCAAGUGCAGCAGCGUGGAGGGGAGGGACGUGGUGUCCCUGCUGCGCAAGUCCAUCAAGAAAAGAGGGGACUUCGACAUCGACAUCGUGGCCGUGGUGAAUGACACCGUGGGCACCAUGAUGACCUGUGGCUACGAUGACCACAACUGUGAAGUUGGCCUCAUUGUUGGAACUGGUACCAACGCCUGCUACAUGGAGGAGAUGAGGCACAUCGACCUGGUGGAAGGGGAUGAGGGCAGGAUGUGCAUCAACAUGGAGUGGGGGGCCUUUGGUGACGACGGGGUGCUCAACGACAUCCGCACCGAGUUCGACCGCGAGAUCGACAUGGGCUCGCUCAACCCUGGCAAACAAUUGUUUGAGAAGAUGAUCAGCGGGAUGUACAUGGGGGAGCUGGUCAGGCUCAUCCUGGUGAAGAUGGCCAAGGAAGGGCUGCUCUUUGGGGGAAGGCUCACUCCAGAUCUGCUCACCACGGGCCACUUUGAGACCAGAUUCGUCUCUGCCAUUGAGAAGGAGAAGGAGGGGCUGCAGAAAGCCCACGAGAUCCUGAGCAAGCUGGGGCUGGAGCCGUCGCACGAGGACUGCGUGGCCACGCUGCGCAUCUGCCAGAUCGUGUCGACGCGCUCGGCCGCGCUCUGCGGGGCCACGCUGGCCGCCGUGCUGCGCCGCCUCCGCGACAACAAGGGCGGCGACAGGCUGCGCUCCACCGUGGGCGUGGAUGGCUCCGUGUACAAGAAACACCCGCAGUGAGUGAGGGGUGGGAUGGGAUGGGAUGGGAUGGGAUGGGAUGGGAUGGGAUGGGAUGGGAUGGGAUGGGAUGGGAUGGGAUGGGAUGGGAUGGGAUGGUAUGGGAUUUAUGAUUUGAAGCCUCAUCGUCACCCUGAGGCUGCAGCAAACCUCUCCAUCCUCUUCCUACCCGCAGCCCUGUUCCUGCCUAUCCCCAGCCAUGUCUCCAUUCCCAUCCCUCUCCCUGGAGGAGAGCAGCUCCAUGUCUGCUCCGUGCUGGGAUCUCUGCUGAUGAUCCUCUCUUGGCUUGCAGAAAAGGGAGAUUUCCUCGCCCUGGACCUGGGAGGAACCAACUUCCGCGUGCUGCUGGUGCGCGUCAGGAACGGCAUGCGGCGCGGCGUGGAGAUGCACAACAAGAUCUACUCCAUCCCCGUGGAGAUCAUGCAGGGCACGGGGGAGGAGCUCUUUGACCACAUUGUCCACUGCAUCUCUGACUUCCUGGAGUACAUGGGAAUGAAGGGCGUGUCGCUCCCGCUGGGAUUCACCUUCUCCUUCCCCUGCCAGCAGAACAACCUGGACGAGGGAAUUCUCCUGAAGUGGACAAAAGGUUUCAAGGCGACGGGCUGCGAGGGAGAGGACGUGGUGGGGCUGCUGAAGGAGGCCAUUCACAGGAGAGAGGAAUUCGACCUGGACGUGGUGGCAGUGGUCAAUGACACCGUUGGCACCAUGAUGACCUGUGGGUACGAGGAUCCCUACUGCGAAGUUGGGCUGAUUGUCGGCACGGGCAGCAACGCCUGCUACAUGGAGGAGAUGAGGAACGUGGAGCUGGUGGAAGGGGACGAGGGCAGGAUGUGUGUCAACAUGGAGUGGGGGGCCUUCGGGGACAGCGGCUGCCUGGAUGACAUUCGGACGGAGUUCGACGUGGCAGUGGAUGAGCUGUCCCUCAACCCUGGCAAGCAGAGGUAUGAGAAGAUGAUCAGUGGGAUGUACCUGGGGGAAAUCGUCCGCAACAUCCUGAUGGACUUCACCAAGAAAGGGCUGCUCUUCCGGGGACGGAUCUCGGAGAGGCUGAAGACCAGAGGGAUCUUUGAGACCAAGUUCCUGUCCCAGAUAGAGAGCGACUGCCUGGCCCUGCUGCAGGUGCGCUCCAUCCUGCAGCACCUGGGCCUGGAGUCCACGUGCGACGACAGCAUCAUCGUCAAGGAGGUGUGCGCCGUGGUGGCGCGGCGCGCGGCCCAGCUCUGCGGCGCCGGCAUGGCCGCCGUGGUGGACAAGAUCCGCGAGAACCGCGGCCUGGACUUCCUCAAAAUCACCGUCGGCGUGGACGGGACGCUCUACAAGCUGCACCCUCACUUCUCCACGGUCUUGCAGGAGACAGUGAGGGAGCUGUCCCCCAAGUGUGAAGUGACCUUCCUGCAGUCGGAGGACGGCAGCGGCAAAGGCGCCGCGCUGAUCACGGCCGUGGCCUGCCGCAUCCGCGAGGCCGGCCAGCGGUAGAGGGAAGCAGGUUUGCCCAAGAGCUUGGUUUCAGCAGAACAAGGACGUUUCCUCACCCAACCCCUCCCUCCCUCUGCACACACUCACACGCCCCCUCCCCUCCGAGCAGACUCGUAGCUUUACUCGUUCUCCGAGGCACCGCGGUGGGACCGGAGCCGCCGUGGGCUCUGUACCAAGUGUUGUCGUAGGAGUUCCCUUGCAUGCCAUAAAACCAGCUGUCGAGUAAAGCUCACAGUGUCUUUUGGCUUCUCCCUGCAUUUCCAGGUGGAGCUGGAGCUGUCCCACCUCCGUCACACCCCCGACCACUGGCCCUCCCCUAGCAGCAGUAGGGAUAACACUCGGAUAAUUCAGACACUGCAUUGUCACUUUAACAGAACCUAUUUAUGUGUGUCGGAGCCGUAGCUGUCCGUGCUGUAGAAGCAAACCUCUAAGAUUGGGCUAAAGACCUCCACUAGUCUUUUACCCUGAUCAAGGCUGUAUAAUUUCCAUGAAAGUCAUGGUAACUCUCAAAGCACGGGGUGCAGAGUUCCACGGCUGCGCUGGGGGUGCCACGUACCUCCCUUGGUGAGCAAUCCUGGGGGGGCUGCAGGAGCCCCUGAGCAGCCCCAGCAGAGCACGUGCCUGGGAAUAAUUGGGGACUCGGGCUCUGAUCCCAUUUCCUGACCUCUCACCCCCACCCUGAGCAGCGUUGUAGGAACGUGGCGUGUGUGUAGGGUCGUGUUUCACCCCCAGGCACCACCACCACCCCUUCCCUGGUGCAUGUGUGGGCUCCAGGAGCUGCUGCCACGGGCUUCUGCCUCCCCCUGGCCACCCCCAGACCCGUGGCCGUGUCUGCCCUUGGCGUGGAGAGUCUGGUUUGCUUUGUGUCUGUGAAAUAGUUCUGUGGCUGCAGCCUUUAGGUGGCACCUGGAUUUAUACACUGUAUAUUUAUGUUUUAAGAGAUCUGAUGUCUUUUUAUGUACAUAGUCUCGGGGGGGUUGUGUCACUUAGUUUUAACCUUUUCAUGUUGUCGGAGAAGAGUACAGAGUAAUUAUUUUCUUUUUUUUUUUUUUUUUUUUGUCGUGUAAUUUUUUUUUUUUUUUAAUUUAAAAUUUUCUUGGGGUAGACUGGAGAAAGAGACCCAAAUACCUGAGGACUGUUGUACAAGAGGUUUGGGCAUUCUGACUUUAUCGCCAGGACAAAAGGGAAAGCAGAAAGCCAGGGUGUGCAGGAGCAGCAGGGCCCUGUGGUGAUGCUGUGGGCUUCAGGCUGGGUUUAACCUUAGGAGAGGUUUUGUUUUGUCCCCAGCUGUGCUCUGGAAGGUCACAUCCAGGGGGACACGACACAACCCAGGGCCCUGCAGGUCCCCAGGGACCCCUGUGCCCUCAGCAUCACCUGUGUGCCAUGGCCCAUGUGCAGGGAUCCAUUUUUGCCAACAGAAAACUCUGGAUGAACUAAAAGCUGCAGGUCUUUGCCUCAGUGAGAGGAGGCAGGCAGAGGGUGGGGGGGUUUUCUGUAAAUAUUUAGCAGAAGUUAAUGAAAUUUCAGUGAUGUACAAAAAAAAAUAUAACUAAUAAACCCCACAACCAGCCCUUCAGAUUGGAGGAUAGAGUUUUUGUCUAUUUUUAUGUAUAUUUUUAUACUGCUUGGGGUAACCUCAUUACCAAAAGUCUCUCUUCUGUGUUGGGGGUCAAGUUCAGUAGCACAAUUUUAAAGGAAAAUUACUCUUUUGGGCAUUUUAAAUGCUUAU